CUUCAGUCCCCACCCGGACCGCGAAACUGCAUGAGUGAGUGUCAGCGGCACUCAGUACAGUUACUGACGUUCCGUGCUGUGAACGAUCGCCCGUCGUUGAUCGUUGUCGCUCGUCAUCGGCUUUAACGUUUUGAGUCGAGUGCAAUCGAGUUUUACUAUGCGCCGCUCUUGAUACACAUAUGCGGUCUGUAAGUGGUGCUAAUAUCUUCUUCUCCACGGUCCCGGUCGCGAUCCGGUCUCCCUCUCCUCUUCAUCUCACGGACGAUUUUCUCUUUCUCUUUUUGCGUGUGCCGGUCCCGUACGUUCCAUCGGUCUCUCUCUCUUUCACGCGCGCGGCAGGUAGUCCGGCGAUCUCGCAUGGCCACAGGUGUGCGCAAGGUGCUAACGUUUUCUCGACGAACGGAGCCGCGGGGCCUCAUGUUGCUCGGCCGAUCGACCUGAUUCGAGCGGCGCGCGGCGCAAUUCGUCAGGCUCUCCCGUCUCGAUCGUCCUUGCGCGCGAUGGACCUAUAGAACGCGAUCGACGAGUCACAGUCGAUUGAUGGAAUUUGGCCAAUUUCGCGGAGUGAUCGGUGCUUGCCUGUGCACGGAGUUACGCGCAGUCAUAGUUGUGAAUCUCAGCCAUUAAUUAACGAAUAAAAAAUAUAUUUUUUUGCGUAGUAAUUGCAGUGCAACGUGAUCUACUGCGAUCGAAUAAAAAAUUAUUUUAAUUUUGCCGAAAGCCUGAAAAUCGUGGAAACCUCACCGACACGUAGUAGCACCAAUUAAAAUUUGCUAAAUUAAUUCUAUAUGAUUUAAUUAUGCCAUGUGAAGUCUGCGAUAUUUUUUUUAUUCGAAGAGAGUCGGUUAUAGGUAUAUAUUAAUUUUUCUAGUUAACUGUUUAAAUUGGCAAUAUCGAAGAAAUAAUAUUAGUUCAAUGCUUCAAUGUAUACCCUAUGAGCACGAGUGAGCGAACGUGCUCGCGAACAUGUCGAUGAAAAGCGCGGUCCGUUCCAACGGCACUCGACUUUGAUCGAGUGUUAUAUUGUACCGAAUUGCCAGUUGUUUCAGGACGAACGGUCUACGUUGCGUUUGAUGGUGAAUUAAUAUCACUGUAACUCACGAUAGAUGCACCGUUUAAAACGCACGCGGCCAUUUCGGGAAACAGGUCGCAGGUCCCAUCCGCGCGAUUAAAGUUCUUUAACGACUAUUGGAUCAAUAACGUGUAAAUUUAUCGUACCCUCGAGAGAACAGUAUAAGCGUUAUCAUUAAUACGAUUCGACCUCGUAAUGAGGAGGAGGCCGCGAAAGGAAAGAGAAAGAGAAACCCGUGAAGAGAGGGGCUUCAACUUAAUCCUUGACUUUCCAAAUUCCACCGUCAAGGUGAAGCUUAUCGAGUGAGCCACCGAUGACUUUGUAUGCACGUAUGGAUGAGACCGUCACGAUGACCGUGCCGCCGCCACUACCUGCGAAGACACAGGUUCGGGAUGCGAGCCAGGCCGCACGGCAGACUGUGUCAAUCCGGACCGUUUCCCCUUCCGUCACGCCGCCUCUCGCCACCGGGCCCGGAGCAACGGUAUUUGUCGGAGUUAGCGCUCCUACCGCCGAUUCCGUGACAACCUGCGGGAGAAGAAUCCCGGAAGUGCAAUCGGCGAACGGCGGCUGCGAGGAGCGGAGCAACGUCGUCGAGUCGCGGCAGCAACAACGGUGGCAGCAAUCGCAGCAUCCCGCGCAUCAUCAGCAGCAGGCCGCGCACAUAGUCAAGAUCAAGAUCAAUCCGGAUGGCGACAAGAACAGUAGGGUGAUAUCGACGGUACGGUUGACCCUGGACGAGAACGACCGGAAUCGCGAGAUCGAAAACAGUACCGCGCGCGAACGUUCGGACGGUGCGGUGGUGGUGAGUGCGACAAACUUGGUGAACGAGCGACGCUGCGCGAGUGCCGGUGUCGGUGAGGGCUGUGUGAGGAUCAGUGUCUUCAGCGGCGAUCCGCCGACCGAUUCCGACAAUCAGGAGCGCAACAACAACAACAACAACAACAACAGCAACGACAGCAACGACAGCGACAAGCGUGGCCAAGAGGACAACGACAGGAGCGACAACAGAGACAUGGUGCAUCGCGGUACCGCGGAAACCCUGAACUCCUCCACCCUCGGUGGCGGCCGUUCGAGCGCCUGUUUCUACUACAACUCUUAUCAUCAGAGCCCGUUGAGCAGCAUGGUGAUGUCAAGCGGACAAUGCUCGCCCAGCGACACUUUGGACAGCGGCACUUGCAGCGAUCUCGACGGAACGCCGCCGCCACUGCCAAAGAAGAAGAACUCCAGCACGGUGAUACUGUCCAACAGCACGCACAACCGGACUGGUAGCCUGACCAGCAGCGGCGCCGAAGUCGACAGCGACGACAAUGAGAGCAACAUCAGCUGCGACUCGUUGAACGGUGCCGAGGUGAACGGCGACGCGAGCGAAUAUCGAAUGCACGAAACGUCGAAGGACGUUGAGGAAACGGUAGGCGUAGUUGAGAAAUUAGGUCGAAUCACGCUAACGGCGAACGGCGUUAAUGAAGCGAUCGAGGAACCGAGCGGCGGCGUUCAUCAUCAGGUCUCGAUAACGGAACUCGGUUGCGCGCCACGCUCGCCGGUGUCGUCGGCCAGCGUCUCGCCGUCGCCAUCCGGAACGUCGUCCCUGUCGAAAGCCUCGUCGACGCCGCGGGUGAGGAGUCCCGAUCCCGCGAUCGAGCAAAACGGCCAGUCGCCGGUAAUUAAAGCGUGCACAUACGAGGAGAGGAAGCAACGGGAACAAGAGAGGAUAGAGCAGGAGGUGGUCAAUGCCGCUCGGAAUCGAUCGACCGGUCACAAAUACCUGUACGAGGACGACAGGUACUACAAUUUCCACGUGAACGAGCUGCGCGAUAAUAAUAAGAACUCGAACGGCGAACACGGGGUGGCCGAGAACGACGAGUGUUUCGCCGGUUACAAAAUCCACGAGAAGGAAGCCAUACGAAGUGCCAAAGGGACCGUGCGCGGUGUGAAGAACAGAGUACGAGCGGGCAUCGCAACAUUCCUGCAGUCGCCUACCUCCAAGGCUUACGUGGAAAGAGAAAAGGGCAAAGUGGUGCUUUACACAACAUCGCUGGGCAUUGUUAGAGAAACCUUUACCAAUUGUAUGAAGAUGAAGCAAAUGUUGUGGACGAACAUGGUCAAGUACGACGAAGCAGAUUUAUUCCGCGACACAGAAUUACAGAGCGAACUAAAGGAACGAACCGAUUCAGAAUUCGUAACAUUGCCACAGCUCUUCGUCGAUGGACAAUAUAUUGGGGGUGUCGACACCGUCGAACGACUUAACGAGUCGGGAGAACUGCGCCGCAUACUGGAACCUUACCAGUGCAAGGAUGCAUGCACCGUUUGUACCUACUGCGGCGGAUUCCAGCGGCUGCUAUGUCCCAUCUGUCACGGCAGCAAGAGAUCCGUACAUCGUAACGAGUUCACCGUGGAAUUCGUCGCCUUAAAGUGCGCCAAGUGUGACAUUUUUGGUAUGAUACGUUGCCCGCAUUGCUGAAGGAGGAUUCCGCGAGAGGGGGGGGAUCCACGUACAUCUGCUCAAAUCAUUUCUCUUAAUCUUAACGACCGUCUACUAACUUAUAUCUCUAUUUAAGGUGCUACGAAGAGUAUAUUUUAUGCUAUGCUUUAAGCAAAGGACAUACACGAAACGCAUACAGACACUAACUAAUCGCGUAGCCGCGCUGUCGCAUGUUGUAAGAUAUCGGUUAAUAAAACUUUGUGUAAAG